AAUUCACAUCGGGAAGAGUGUGUCUUGAGGCUUGAUCCUAAUCAGGCCAAGUCGAAGCUGUAUAGCCGUUGCUGAGUACCACUGACGCACGUUACACUACUGCCUUCCAUCAUACAUAUCAUCGCUCUCAAUCCGACUAGGCAGUAUGACUUUGAAUCAGAUUGAGGGACACAACCUUUACAUCGGCGGUGUGAUCUCCCUCAGAAAUAAAGCUGCAUUACAAAAAGCGAAUAUUACGCACGUGGUCUCGGUACUGCGUAUGCAUCCGGAUGAGAACCUGACAGAAGGGUUUCAACAUCUCAAAAUUGAAGUCGACGAUGUAGACGAUGAAGAUCUUUUGCAAUAUUUUGCCACCGCGAAUGCAUUUAUUCAAGCAGGGCUGGAUGCAGGUGGUGGUGUUUUAGUUCACUGUGCCAUGGGAAAAUCCCGAUCUGCAGCUAUAUGUAUUGCAUAUCUAUUACAUCGACAACCAAAGAACCUCGACCCUGAGUCAGCCCUAGAAUUGGUUCGCAAGACUCGCGCAAUAGCAGAACCGAAUGAAGAUUUCAUGAAGCAAUUAUGGCUUUAUUAUGAGAUGGGUUGUCCGGAUGAUGUCACCAAUGACCCUGCAUAUCUGCGCUGGCAAUCACACCGGCAGAUUGAGCUUAGUGCCGCAUGUGGUAAGGCGCCGGAGAUUGAUGUAGUGCGAUUUGAGGAUGAGUUGCAGCCUGAUAGUGACGGGGCUGAGGGGGGGAAGCUGACUGAGAUUCGAUGUCGUAAAUGCCGACGCAUCCUUGCUACGACACCCUUCAUCAACCCUCAUGAUAAAGACAGCAAGACCCCCUCCAAGCAAUCCACGGAAGGGGUGGACUGCGCCCAUAUAUUCCUUCAUCCAUUAACAUGGAUGCGACCCUGCUUAUUCCCUGCUCAAGACUCCUCCCAAACUUCUCGUUCAUCGUCUGCCGCCGACGGGUUGGCGGGUACAGCUACCGGCGAUGCUCCACUAUCAGGUCGACUAACAUGUCCAAACCCCAAGUGUGAAGCUAACGUAGGCAAAUUCGCCUGGCAAGGAUUGCGUUGCAGCUGCGGCAAAUGGGUGGUGCCGGCAAUUGGGGUUGCUCGUGCUAGAGUUGAUGUUACCGAAAGGAAAGUCACGGAUAGUUCUGGUUCUGUGUCCGCAUUGAGCAGCACUAGCACCAAAAACAACUAUAACAGUAUUAAUAAUAGGUUAGGAGCCAUGGGUAUUCGACUACCACCUCAUAUGCGUGGAAUUGCCCACGACAGUAACGAUCAGAGUCCGAGGAACAAUCUCUAGUUGGGAUUCGUCCUGCUGUUAUUGCAUACGAGUGAAUAAUACAAUGGAUUGAUACCCGUAC